AUGCCUCUGCUCUUCGCGCUGUCGUCGAUCGUGCUGGCCGCCUCUUCCGUCGACGCCUUCGUCUCUUCGCCCCGCGCCGUGCUGCCGUCGUACAGCAGCAGCAGCGGGAUCAACACGCACGCGGCGUGUAGGAAUGCUGCCACGCGCGGAGGACCUUCCUCGCUAAGCAUGCACGGCGGGCACCACCUCUCGGCCGAGAGAAAGGCCGAGCUCGUCGCCACCGCCACGGCGAUGUCGCAGUCCGGCAAGGGGCUCACGGCUUGCGACGAGGGACCGGGCACGAUCGGAGAUCGCUUCGAGAAGGUCGGAAUCGACAACACCGAGGAGAACCGCCGCAAGUACCGGCAGAUGCUCUUCACCGUGGCCAACGGAGACCAGUUCCUGUCCGGCGCCAUCCUCGACCCAGAGACCGUCUACCAGAAGACCGACGACGGCGUGCUGUUCCCCGAGCUUCUCACCAGCCGCGGCAUCGUCCCGGGUGUGAAGCCGCACCUGAAGGUCUACGAGCUUCCCGGGUGCAAGCCGGGAGAGACGGUUAUGCAAGGGUUGGACUCGCUCGCGGCCAGGUGCAAGGAGUACUACGCGGCCGGCUGCAGGUUCGCGAAGUGGAGGUCGCCGCUGGUGAUUGGGGCGGACGGUGACAUCUCGGCCUUGGCGAUCCAGACCAACAUGGACGAUCUUGCGAGGUACGCCCUCAUCUGCCAAGACGAGGGCCUCGUGCCUAUCGUGGAGCCCGACAUCAGCUUGAACGGCGACUACGACCUCGAGACAGCCAUCCGCGUCAACGUUAAGGUCCAGGCGCACCUCUACAAGGCCAUGCUGGACCACGGGGUCUUUAUGGAGGGGUUUACGCUCAAGCCCAACAUGGUCAACCCCGGGCGUGGCUGCAAGUCCAAGUCCACCGCCAAGGAGAUCGGCGAGGCCACCGUUACGGCCCUGCGGAGAGUCAUGCCCGCAGCCAUGCCCGGCGUGAACUUCCUCAGCGGGGGGCAGACCUUGGAAGAUGCUGCCGCGCGGCUGUGUGCCAUUAACCAGGCCAAGGGGAACUCCCCGUGGAACCUAAGCUUUUCCUGGAGCCAGGCGCUGCAGCUGCCGCUCUUGGAUCUUUGCAAGAAGAACCCCAAGGGAUCCGACCUCCCCCUCGAGGAAAUGUCGGCUCUCUUGGAGAAGGAGCUCGUUAUCGCGGGGGCGGCGGCGCGGGGAGAAUACGAAUACGAAGCCGGCCAGGGAGACCACAACUAGAGUAGUCUAGGCCUUGAGGCACGGGUUUUUGCAGCAGUGAAGUACGGAGGGAGCACGGAGACAUGGCGACAAAAGAGACAUUUUAUUUUGACGAGCCCUCCCUUCUUCCGGUUUAAAUUCACCGUUUUAGCUCUUUGAUGUAUUUAGUUGCGACCUGGCUGGUUUUGCAGCACAGAGAGGUUAGCCUGGUUGCUGGGGUUGGUACUGCUGCCGCGAGUGUCAGCACGCUUGUCUGGCGUGCGGCGGCGGCGGCAAGCGAGGGUUGCUGUUCAGGAAAGAACGACCUGGACCUACACAUGCAUACAAUUAGACUUGAAAAAAUAUAUUUUAUGUGUUGCCUUCUCUUGUACUAAGGGUUGCGCCCGCGCUUUGGAAUUUGGCGUUAAGAUUUUGAGCCUAAAAAAAAAUCUAAAUCUAAGAACUUGAGAUCGGUUAAGAACCCCUUGCACUAAAACGUACGUAGCGGCGAUUCGUAGCAUGACCCUGGAAACAAAGAACCCCGGCCUCGGCCAG